AUGGCCUCCACGGUCGAAACACCUGCAUCCUGCUCUGUUUUCAGGCCUCAGAUUGUGGAUAUAGGGAAUAGGAGCACAGUGAUAGAGUUUAUCCUCAUGGGCUUCGAGCAGAGCUCCCCUUCCACACGGGCAUUGCUCUUUGUCCUCUUCCUAGCCCUUGCCAUGCCCAUGAAUGGCCUCAUCAUCUUCAUCACCUGGACAGAUCCCAGGCUCAACAGCCCCACGCCGUUCUUUGGCCACCUAUCCUUCCUGAAUAUCUACUUCGUUCCUACCACCAUUCCACCUGGUGGAAUGCUGAUGCGGAUCCACCUGGUGGUCAAGAACUGUGUUGUCUCCUUUGCCUCGUGCUUGACCCACAUGUAUCUGGUUUUUGGUGUGGGUGUGGCUGAGUGCAUCCUCUUGGCUUUCAUGGUCUAUGACCAUUAUGUUGCUAUCUGCCACCCACUUAGCUGUGCCCAGAUCAUGAGCCAGCAGGUCCGUGUGACGCUGGUGAGUACUGCCUGGUUCUUUGGGCUGAUCAAUGGCAUCUUUCUUGAGUAUAUGUUAUUCCAGAAUCCCUUCUGCAGAGAUAACCACAUAGAAAACUUCUUCUGCGAGGCCCCCAUAGUGAUUGCUGUCUAUGGAGACCCCCAGUUUAGUCUGAGAGUCAUCUUUGCCGAUGCCAUUGUGGUGCUGCUCAGCCCCAUGGUGCUCACUGUCAUCUCUUAUGCCCGCAUCCUGGCCUCCAUUCUGGGCAGAGCCUCCUCCUCUGGUCUGGGGAAGACCUUCUCUACUUGUGCCUCCCAUCUGACUGUGGUCAUCUUUUUCUACACCUCAGCCAUGUUCUCUUACAAACCACACAGCACACAUGGUCCUGACAAAGACAAGCCUUUCUCUCUCCUCUACACCAUUAUCACCCCCAUGUGCAACCCCAUCACCUACAGUUUUUGAAAUAAAGAAAUGAAAGGGGCCAUGGUGAGGGCCUUUGGGAGGAGCAGCUUUUCCCAGGCAGAGUCUGUCUAG